GGACCCAGCUGGAACCAAAACAGUGGAAGAACUGCUGAUGAGAUUCUGCGUUUCCAACGACAUCACCCACCACAGCCUUGAGAACGAAUUAGCACAGUAUCACUACCUCAUGUUGUCUAUACGCAACAAACAUAACGUGAUUAGUAUAGCGACCAGGUGGACUGAACAAAUUAAAGGGGAAACUCUCCAAUUUGUGACGCGUGUAAAACGACCGAAACCGUUAAGUGAACCAUCAAUUAUGACGGAAUGCAUAAUGCCCCAGGAUUGCACGAGGCGCUGCGGGCAAUUGUAGUUAAGACAGGUGUUUUAUUUUGCAAGCAAGCGUGUUAGAUAUUGCUCACAAUGUUUCGUCUUCUUCGACAAUCUUUCGUGUCGCUGCUUGUUAGUGUUGUCGUUGGCUGCAUUGUCAUCGCCUUCUUGAAUCAAUCACUUAACCCACGAUUUUAUCGAAACAAUGUCGCCAACGUUGAUAUGAAACAAAUAAAUACAAUUAAAUCUCGCGCCAACGAUGUCAUUGUGGAUAAAAAAGGAAAAGAUCUGUAUGAUAAAGUCCGUAUUCUGUGCUGGGUGAUGACCACUCCAGCCAAUCACGAAACUAAAGCUUUAGCCGUAAAAGAAACAUGGGGUCCUCGUUGCAACGUUUUACUGUUUAUGAGUUCAGCAAACGAUACGAAGCUCCCAGCGAUUGGGCUACCAGUGGGAGAAGGUCGAGAGGAACUAUGGGGAAAGACUCGGGAGGCAUUUCGUUAUGUGUGGGAACGUUAUCAAGAUGAAGUCGAUUGGUUUUUUAAGGCUGACGAUGACACGUAUGUUAUUGUGGAAAAUCUGCGUUAUUUCCUUUCCGGAUUUAACACAUUGAAACCAUCGUAUUUCGGCAACAAAUUUAAAACACUUGUUGACAAUGGUUUUAUCAGUGGUGGGGCUGGUUAUGCGUUAAGCAAAGAAGCUACCAGGAGAUUUGUAACAAUAGGAUACCAUAACGAAUCACUUUGCCGGAAGGACCACGGAGGAGCAGAAGAUGUAGAAAUGGGAUAUUGCAUGCAAAAUUUGAAUGUCUCGGCAAUGGACACGAGAGAUUCACAAGGCAAAGCAAGAUUCUUCACGUUCGCUGCAGAAUCUCACUAUUUCCCUGGGGAAAUCUAUUCCGGCGACUACUGGUACUGGGAUUACAUGUACUACCCUCCUACCCAGGGUCGUAAUUGUUGCUCGGAUAGCACUAUAUCCUUCCAUUACAUUGACCAAAGAACCAUGUACAUACUGGAUCUCUUCUUCUAUCAAAUUCGUCCUUUUGGGUUGGUGGACAACCGACCUGCAAUUCCAGAACCACCGCCAGAUGUAAACCUCACUGCCCCUCGUUGGUUUGCCCCACCAAUGCCCACGACAUCCCCUCCUCCUAAGACGAUCCCAACAUCAACGAAGAGUACGACAACUUUGAAACCCAACACAACUACUAGUCAAACUACCUUGAAACCCAGUAUCACUAGUAAAACAAGCGCUCCAGGUAUAACGAAGAAGGUAGAGGCCCAGAAAAUUGUUGCUUCAAAUAACACAACGAAGAAUACAAAUACUACGAAGAAAAACUGACAUAGCUUAAAACUAAGUCAGCAAUAUUUUGAAAUAGUUGAUUCGCAAUUCUCUUUAUAAGAUAGCAAAACAGGUAUCAAUUUAAUCAAAAGGUGUUAUACUUGUGUGUCGAAACCAAUUUGAUAAACUUGUUGAAAGAUAA